GCUUCCGGUCACGCGCCCCGGAAGUGACGCGCACGCCAGGCUUCCGUUGCGCCGCGGCGGAGCGACGCGCCGGUGGCUGGUUACUAGAGAGCACAAUGAAAGAAGCAGAAAUAAAGAGGCUCUUGGCUACAAACCUACUCUGUGUUUUUUCAGUUAUUCUAACAACAACUGUGCCGGCUUUCUUCUUGGACAGCUUCUCGGUUUUGGGAACACACCUCACCUGGCUGUGUGUCUGUUCUGUUUCCGUUAGUGCCCUUAACAUAGUCUUGUAUUUAAUCCUCAAACCAAAUCCAUUUCCCAAGAGAAGAUCCUUUGCCUACAAGAUAUCCAGAUUUCUAAAAUGCUGUGUAUACUUUUUCAUGUCUUGCAUACUAUUUCAUGCGAUUGUUGUUCUUUAUGGAGCUCCUCUUAUUGAGUCAGUGACUGAGACAUUUUUGUUUGCAGUUCUCCUGUCUACCUUUACUACUUUACAAUGCUUGUGUGUGCUGGGACCAAACAUUCAAGCAUGGAUACGGGUAUUUAGUAAAACUGGAGCUAUGUCCAUCUGGGAUAACAGUCUGCAGAUUACUACAGUGUGCAGUAUACUGGGAGCUUGGUUUGGAGCAUUUCCUAUUCCUCUUGAUUGGGAUCGGCCUUGGCAGGUAUGGCCCAUUUCCUGUUCCCUCGGAGCUACCUUUGGCUAUACGGCUGGUCUGAUUAUUGCACCUUUGUGGAUACAUUGGAACCGGAAGCUGCUUACAUAUAAAAGCAGAUAACUGGAGCAAAGAGAGACAAGGUAUUUCUUUGUGCAGAUUCCAUACAGACUGUGCAAAAGUUUUAUAGAGAUAUAUUUUUUUAUAUAUAUAUAUGUACCUAUAGUCAAAGCAAAAGACUAUCCAAAUUCAUUUUGAAUAUUUCGGGCCAAGCGUCUCCACUCAAUAGCAUCACACGGAUGCUGUUUCAACAUGGUGCAGUUGUUGCUUUCUGUAGACUAUGUAACCCUGAGAGAUUAUACCUUCCAGUCUGAAUAAAAUAUUUCAACAGA